AUGCUUCGUCAAUCCAUCACCAAGCUCACCCGGCCUGCCAGCACCAGAGCCUUCUCCGUCUCCACCCGAGUCAUGGCUGCCGGUGACACGGGAGCUCCCCCCAAGGGACUGGGCCAGGCCGAUGCCUUCCAGAAGCGCGAGAAGGCCAACGAGGACUACGCCAUCCGCCAGCGCGAGAAGGAAAAGCUCAUUGAGCUCAAGAAGAAGGUGGCCGAGCAGCAGGCGCACCUGAAGCAGCUCUCGGAUCACAUUGACGAGAUCACCAAGGAGCAGGGUGGCGAGCACAACUAA